AUGACCAAUAGUACCUCAUCAGCAUCACAACCCGAAGAACUGUGCCUUGUUUGCCAAGAUAUCUCAACCGGUUAUCACUACGGCGUACCGUCAUGUAACGGCUG